AUGAACCAGGUAUCGUCCCUGCCGGACGGAAGGUUGUCUUGGAAGGCUUUGUUUUUGGAAGUGAAGCGAACAACGAGAGAUGGGCAGUACUUGAAGAGCCCUCUAUCUCGUCCUUGCCAGGGGGAAUCUUUAUUGACAGCUGCUUGAUCUCUAUUCCGGCACGUUCCCCGUACAAGGUGCCAGUUUUGCUGCGAAAUGAAACCAGCCAUGACAUUGUCUUGCCAAGUAACUCUGUCAUUGCAGAACUCGCUAUACCUCAUGAGAUCAGCCAGACUCACAACACCUGUAGCCCCAGUCAAUUGCCCCUGUCAUCCACUGUCUGCUCCAGUCAGCAACAUUCCUGUCAUGAAGAGCAGCAGAAUGCCAGCCUGAGUUUUGAUUUCGGAAAUUCUCCACUUCCUGCAAAAUGGAAGGAACGAAUAACACAGACACUGAACACCUACUCUGAUGUGUUUUCCCAUCAUGACCUCGAUUUUGGUCACGCGACGAAAGUCAAACAUCGUAUCAAACUGAAGGAUGAGACGCCAUUUAAGCAUCGACCCCGUCCUAUCCAUCCUAAGGAUUACGACGCUGUGAGACGACAUCUUCAAACCCUUCUUGAAGCGGGUAUCAUCCGUGAAUCAGAAUCCCCAUAUGCUUCACCUAUAGUCGUAGUGAAAAAGAAGAAUGGCGACCCACGCCUAUGUGUCGACUAUAGGAGAUUGAAUAUGCAAACGAUCAAGGACGCUUAUGCGUUACCGAACCUUGAAGAGUCAUUUUCUGCGUUAAGCGGAUCACAGUGGUUUUCCGUGAUGGAUCUGAAAUCCGGAUAUUACCAGAUUGAGAUGCACGAAGAUGACAAACCAAAAACUGCUUUUGUAUGUCCCCUCAGAUUUUGGGAGUGGAAUCGUAUGCCACAAGGAAUCACGAACGCUCCAAGCACGUUCCAGCGCUUAAUGGAGAAGUGCAUGGGCGAUAUCCAUCUGCGUGAAGUGCUAGUAUUCCUUGACGACAUCAUAGUCUUCUCCCAAACGUUGGAGGAACAUGAGGCUCGUCUAACCAAAGUCCUGGAUCGACUGAGGGAGAAUGGCCUCAAGUUAUCUCCAGAGAAAUGCCGCUUCUUUCAAACAUCUGUACGUUAUUUGGGACACAUUGUCUCACAGAAAGGAGUGGAAACCGAUCCCCAGAAGAUCGAAGCACUCAAGACUUGGCCGAGACCCCGUACCUUGAAAGAACUCCGUUCUUUUCUCGGUUUCUCUGGUUAUUACCGGAGGUUUGUGCAGGAUUAUUCAAAAAUAGUCAAACCGCUGACCAAGCUAACUGCGGGAUAUCCACCAGCACGAAAGUCCGCCCAGAAAACCAAGACUGACGUGAUGUACUUCCAUCCGAAGGAGCCAUUCGGAGAGAGAUGGACACCAGCUUGUCAGAUUGCCUUCGAACAAAUAAUUGAAAGACUCACCUCAUCGCCAGUCCUGGGUUUUGCUAAUCCGGAGUUGCCAUACGUCUUGCAUACAGACGCAAGCACUACGGGACUCGGAGCUGCCCUGUAUCAAGAACAGGAUGGACAGAAGCGCGCAAUAGCUUACGCCAGCCGUGGCCUGUCACAAAGUGAAGCAAGAUACCCAGCGCAUAAGUUGGAAUUUUUAGCCUUAAAAUGGGCUGUCGUUGAAAAAUUUCAAGACUACUUAUAUGGGCAUUCAUUCACUGUUGUGACUGACAACAAUCCGCUUCGGUACAUUCUUACCACGGCGAAGCUAGACGCGACCAGCUAUCGUUGGCUAGCUGCCCUGUCCACCUUCUCUUUUGACAUCCAGUAUCGUGCGGGCAAGCAAAACCAAGACGCUGAUGGUCUGUCAAGGAGGCCUCACGGACCACUGGUGAAUGACAACUGCUCACAAGAGGAGAGUCUGCGGAUCCAUCAAUUCACCUCCCACCAUCUAACUCCUGUGGACGUUGUCAAGGCCACCUGUCAGUACCAUGCAGCAGUGAAUGAGGAGUCUUCGUCUCAUUGUCUCGUGGAGUCACUCGCUAUCCACCCUGAUGCCAUUCCGCCCGUGUUUGAGGAUGCGGAGUCAGAGUUGCAAGGCCUCUGCUCUGUUCCACAGCACAGCGAGGGUGAUAUAGCCAGACUACAACGAGAAGAUCCCUCAAUCAGCGUGAUCAUCAAGGCACUUGAAUCUGGUGAGCCUGCACCUCAACAGGGCGUACAUUCACCAGAGCUGAUGCUUAUGCUGAGAGAGAUGAGCCGCCUUGAAGUCAAGAAUUCACUGUUGUACCGAAAGCGACAGUGUGAAGACAGGACAGAGUACCAACUUGUUCUUCCAUGUGUUUUGAGGUCAUCCGUACUUGCCAGUCUCCAUGAUGAGAUGGGUCAUCUCGGUAUCGAGCGCACCCUUGAGCUGGCCAGGUCCAGGUUUUAUUGGCCGAAGAUGUCAGCAGAUGUUGAGUCCAAGGUCAAAACCUGCCCGAGGUGUGUCAAACGCAAACAUCAGCCAGAGAAGGCCGCGCCGAUGGUCAGUAUCCAAACCAGCCGACCCAUGGAACUGGUCUGUAUGGACUUCUUGUCCCUCGAACCAGACAGCCACAACACAAAGGACAUAUUGGUAAUUACUGACCAUUUCACAAAGUAUGCUGUAGCGAUACCCACGAAAGACCAAAAGGCCAUCACUGUCGUGCGUUGCCUGUGGGAGCAAUUCUUCAUCCAUUAUGGCUUCCCAGAGCGCCUACACAGCGAUCAAGGCCGUGACUUCGAGUCACAAAUUGUCAAAGAGCUCUGUGCCUUAGUUGGUACAAAGAAAGUCAGAACAAGUCCCUAUCACCCCAGAGGUAACCCUGUAGAGCGCUACAAUCGUACUCUGCUGAGUAUGGUGGGUACUCUGAGGGAGAAAGAAAAGACCAGAUGGCGCGAGUAUGUCAAGCCAUUAACACACGCAUACAAUUGUACUCGGAAUGAGGUGACUGGGUAUUCUCCGUAUGAGCUCAUGUUUGGGCGCCAGCCCAGAUUGCCCAUCGACAUAGCUUUUGGGUUGCCAGUCAAAGGAGCCUCAUCCACGUCACACUGUCAGUACGUGAAAAAUCUGAAGUCCUACUUGAAGGAAAGUUACAACAUUGCCAUUAAAAAUGCAAAGAAAGUAGCUGACAAGAACAAAAAGAGGUUUGAUAUGAGAGUGAGAGAGUCAUGUCUGGAAGUAGGCGAUCGAGUUCUUGUACGUAACCUCAGACUUCGCACCAAGCAUAAACUUGCUGAUCGAUGGGAGCCCACUGUGUAUGUUGUACAGAAGAGAGCAGGAGAGUUGCCAGUAUACACGGUGUGUCCUGCUGGUCAGGACGGACCCACCCGUACUCUACACAGGGAUCUCCUAUUGCCCUGCGGGUUUCUUGCUGAAGAAGACGCAGAGCCUGAACAGCCUGUACGAGUCUCUAGACCCAGAACCAGACAAAGUACUCAGCCAGCUGAAAACCCUGACGAGUCUGAUGAAGAGGACUAUCCGCUGUCAUAUCCUCUACGUUUUGAGGUAGAGACAAGAAUCAUUGGUCCCGAAGUGAUGCAUUCAACUGAAAAAGCUCCAGAUGUUACACAGCCUGGAAAUGAAUCAAGUCCUCCGACUCAUUCUCAAACUAUACCUGAAAACUUACUUGAACUUACUCCUGAAGUUCAAUGCUCUGAUAUCCCAAGUUCUCCUAUUGCAGAAGAAGAACCCAGCCUUAUUCAGUUUCCACCUGAUGAUUCAGUUGAUGUAGAGCCUGUAGAAAAAGAAUUGCCUUCGAACCAGAGCAACACGAAUGCGGAACCGGAGUCAUCCAUUGAACCUGAAGAAACAAAACAAACAGAGAAUGAUCAAGAAGAAGAACCAAUCACUUUAAGUGAGCCGACAACUAACAUUUCUCAAGAGCAGAAUGACACUGUAGAAUCAGAAGUUGUUCAACAUGAAAAGACUGACACUGAAACCCCAUUACUGACUGUAUCUGACUUGCCAGUUGUUCCCAACACUGACACACCCUGUCCUACAGAGUCAAGUCCUGUAGAGAGUCCAGAUACUGUUAGUGAGCCAGAUCAUGACGCAUUGCGUAGAUCUGAACGUCAGAGAAGAGCACCCGCAAAGUUUACCUAUCCCCAAUUAGGCAAACCAUUUAUUUCUUUUGCCCACAGUAUUCUUGAAGCUUUCAACAAUGCUUUAGUUGAAACGUUUGAGGGUAACCCUUUCCCACGGGAAAAUGUCAUGAAGGGACUCAUGCCAGUUUAG